GUGACCAUCGACCUUCUUGGGCAUUCUGGCUAUGGAGGACAAAAUGUUAGGGUAGAUCUAAAGAAUCACUUAACUUUUGCUUACAUGAGCAAUGCAUUGAAGUUUCGCAUAAUAACAGAACACUUUCAGCUUGGCUUUGGUGACACUGCUAGAACGUACAACCGUUUAGUCGACGCGCUAUAUGAUGUGAUUUCACCUUUAAAUUGA